GCGCCCAUGAUAGUGACUCACCCAAAGUACAACAAUGUCGAGCAGUCAUUGGUCAAACUUCUAAUUAUUCAUCCAGUUCGCCGGUAAUUGGAGUAUAGAGCUUACACAAGUUCUUGCGUAAAUCGAUUGUAUUUUCAUUGUUUUGUCGCAUGCUCUUCGUUCCGCUACACUGACUGCCGUGCAUCCUGAGGCCCUCCAACUGUAUUGCGGUGAUGUGGCAGUGCACUCUAUGGCUGCUCCUAGCAAUGUGGCACGGGUCCCAUUGCCAGAGUUCACUGCCCAUGUUCAAAGACAUAACUGGGACAGUGCUACCUCCUGACAGUCUGAACAACCCCACUCAACUAAAUUAUGGGAUGGCUGUAACCGACGUGGAUGGGGAUGGGGACCUGGAGGUGGUGGUGGCUGGAUACAACGGCCCAAACUUGGUGCUGAAGUACGACCGUGUUCAGAACAAGCUGGUCAACAUCGCUGUGGACGACCAGAGAUCUCCGUUCUACGCGCUGCGAGACGAGGCAGGGAACGCUAUAGGAGUCACCGCCUGUGAUGUUGAUGGAGACGGCCGAGAGGAGAUCUACUUCCUCAACACAAACAACGCUUACUCCGGCCGUGCUACCUAUUCAGACAAGCUCUUCAAGUUCCGAAACGGGCGCUUUGAGGAUCUGCUGGGUGAUGUCAUCAACGUGCGCCGCGGCGUGGCCAGUGACAUGGCUGGGCGCUCUGUGGCAUGUGUCGAUCGAAAGGGCACUGGCAGAUAUGCAGUCUACGUCGCUAACUACGCCCGAGGGAACAUCGCUCCCCACGCACUGAUAGAGAUGGAUGAGGCUGCUAGUGAUGUGGCACAGGGUAUCAUCGCUCUGUCCAAUGUGGCUGCAGAGGCUGGAGUCAAUAAAUUCACAGGUGGGCGGGGAGUUGUUGUUGGACCAAUCCUGAGCCAGACAAUGUCUGAUGUGUUCUGUGACAAUGAGAACGGACCCAACUUCCUGUUCAAGAACAACGGAGAUGGAACUUUUGUGGACAAGGCGAAGGCGGCAGGUGUGGCGGACGAACACCAGCACGGCAGAGGAGUGGCUCUCGCCGACUUUGACGGCGACAGAAGGACGGACAUCGUCUACGGAAACUGGAACGGCCCCCACCGGCUCUUCAUGCAGGGGCCCCACCAGGGUUUCCGCAAUAUAGCCACGGCAGCGUUCGCCAGCCCCUCGCCCGUCCGCACGCUCAUCGCUGCAGACUUUGAUAACGACAAGGAGCUGGAGGUGUUCUUCAACAACAUCGCAUACGGAGGGCGUGCACCGAACAGGCUGUUCAGGGUUUCAAGGAGAGCCAGGAUGGAUCCUCUCAUCCAGGAGCUGAAUGUGGGGGAGGCUGAAGAGCCCCAGGGGAGAGGCACAGGAGCCACGGUAACGGAUCUGGACGGAGAUGGACUGCUGGACCUGUUGGUAGCUCAUGGAGAGAGUGCAUCGCAGCCUAUUUCAGUCUUCAAAGUCACACAGGGCUCAUCCAAUAAUUGGCUGCGUGUGAUUCCACGCACCCAGUUCGGCGCCUUUGCCCGUGGUGCCCGGGUCACGGCCUUCACCAAUGGCAGCGGUGCUCACGUGCGUGUCAUAGACGGAGGGUCGGGCUACCUCUGUGAGAUGGAACCGGUGGCUCAUUUUGGACUAGGAAGUGAUGCGGUGAGCGUACUGGAGGUGUCCUGGCCCGGUGGCAGCGUGGUGACGCGCCCACUGCACCCCGGGGAGAUGAACUCUGUGGUCGAGGUGACCCAUCCCGGCGCCGGGGAGACGAGUGUGCUUGCCAGUGAUACGCAGUGUGGUCAAGGAUUCGCUGUCCAAAAUGGCAGAUGUGCCGGUAUCUGAGGACGGCUGCAAUAUCAUUUCAACGCAUUGUGGAACUAAGUAAAAUAAAAUGAUAACAUUUUAUUUUUAUUUUCUGUACUUUGAUCAGCUGUUUGAUGUGUACUGAUUAUUUUAAACAAAUAAUUAGUUUUAACUAAAUGAUUUACACCUUUUGUGCUUAUCUGAAAUUUGAAAUAAGCUUUUAUUUCUUUUUUAUCAGUGUUUUUUCCUUAGAUGAAUCCUCUGUCUUCCUAAAACUCUAACCCCAAGGCUUGUGUUUUGUUACUCUGAGGUCAAUUACUGCAUAUUUCAGCCCCAGCUGUAACAACUGAGACCACAUACAAAGAGUGAUCACGGUUCACUCUGUCGCGUGCUGUGAAGCAGUUUGUAAUAGGAUGUUCUUUGGCCGAUGGAAAUAAGCGACGACUAAACUGUGAAUGUGUUAAGCAUAACAUAAUUUUAAUGUGAUUCUGUUCCUCUCAAACUCUUUGUGAUUUUCUUUCUUGCUCUGAUUAUCUAGGAAUGUCCACUGUUAUGUUGAGAGAGGCAAACUGCAAGUAAUGAUAUCAUGGAGGGUAAUGAUAUAAACAUUUUGAAAAUAUGCUUGAAA